AUGAACGGAAACUUUGAUAGGCAGGGACCCAGAUUGGCCGAUCACCACGGUUGGACCAACAAACUUGGGAACCGCGUCUUCGUUACCAACAAGGGAGCGUUGCGUUUCAAGGUGCCGGACGUGCGCCGUCGACAAGUAAAACCGUGGAGCCGGCCUCCCAUGACAAAGUGGCUGAAGGAUUACCUGGACGACGACUCCAGUCGAGCGCUCCGGGUGUGGAGCGACGCUCUGGGCACGCUGAAGCUGGACGAAUACAUCGGAAGCCCGUUUCGCGGGCCGGGCAGAUAG